CUCUAGAGUCUAUACCAGGUCUUUUUGGAAUUUGUUGCGAACACCGCGUGGUGUUUAUGCUAGCAAUUCCUUUUAUUUUCCUUUUCUGUGCCGUGGAAAAUAAAUAAAUAACUACAAAAAUGAGUUUGUACAACUUUAAAAAGAUCAUGGUGGUCCCACCAGCAAAGGACUUCAUCGACAUUAUGUUGUCCAAGACACAGCGCAAGACACCCACCGUCGUGCACAAGGGCUAUAAAAUAUCGCGUAUUCGUGCAUUUUACACGCGCAAGGUGAAAUACACGCAACAGAAUUUUCACGAUCGUCUUUCGCAGAUAAUACAGGAUUUCCCCAAGCUUGAUGAUGUGCAUCCAUUCUAUGCAGAUUUAAUGAAUGUGCUGUACGAUAAGGAUCAUUACAAACUGGCGUUGGGUCAGCUAAACACGGCUAGGCAUUUGAUCGAUAAUGUGGCCAAGGACUAUGUGCGUCUGCUUAAGUACGGUGACUCUUUGUAUCGCUGCAAGCAGCUGAAGAAGGCUGCUCUGGGUCGUAUGGCCACCAUUAUGAAGCGUCAGGCUUCCAAUUUAACAUACCUCGAACAAGUGCGUCAGCAUUUGUCACGUUUGCCGACCAUUGAUCCCUAUUCACGUACCAUCAUCAUUUGCGGCUUUCCCAACGUGGGAAAAUCUUCGUUUAUCAACAAAAUCACACGCGCCGAUGUUGAGGUGCAGCCUUAUGCCUUUACCACAAAAUCAUUGUAUGUUGGUCACACAGAUUACAAAUAUCUGCGCUGGCAGGUAAUUGACACCCCUGGAAUUUUGGAUCAUCCGCUUGAGGAACGCAAUGUCAUUGAAAUGCAGGCAAUUACUGCUUUGGCUCAUUUGCGUGCCUGUGUCUUGUACUUUAUGGAUAUAUCAGAGCAAUGCGGUCACUCCUUGGAGGACCAGGUUGCGCUCUUCGAGAGCAUUAAGCCUCUAUUCACAAACAAACCACUCAUAUUGGCCAUCAACAAAAUUGACAUACUUCAGCUCGAGGAUUUGCCUGCAGAGCGACAAGCGAUAAUCACAAAGCUGCAGGAGGAUAAACAGGUGCCUGUUAUGUUUAUGUCAACGGUGCAGGAGACAGGUGUGAUGGAGGUGAAAACGGAGGCUUGUGAGCGCCUGCUCUCCUAUCGUGUGGAUCAAAAGAUGCGCACUAAGAAGGUGGACAACAUACUGAAUCGCUUGCAUGUGGCUAUGCCUGCACCUCGUGAUGACAAGGUUCGAUCUCCUUGUAUACCAGAGCAGGCGUUGGCACGUCUUGAGAAGAACGCUGUGAAGGCUGAGCGUAAACGCAAACUGGAGAAGGAGAUUGAGGAAGAGAUGGGUGAUGAUUACACUCUGGAUCUGAAGAAGAACUACGAGGAAAUUGCAGAGGAGGAGCGUUACGAUGUGAUACCCGAAUUCUGGGAGGGUCGCAACAUUGCGGACUACAUCGAUGCCGACAUCUUCGAGAAGCUGGAGGAACUGGAACGCGAGGAGGGACUCCGAGAGGCUGGUGGGGUUUAUGCAGUGCCCGACAUGUCCAUGGACGAGACACUCAAAGAGAUACGCGAAAUGGCCAAACAAAUCCGUGGCAAACGUUUCGAGUUGCGCGACGAAAAGCGUUUGUCAUCCAGAAAGAACAAGCCCAUCAUUCCGCGUCACAAGCAGCCCAAGGUGCGUGAUCGUUCCGUCAAAAAACUCGUGGAAACCAUGGAAGGACUUGGUGUGGAUAUGUCUGGCAAUGAACAGGCCAAUUUCACGAAAUCUGUUAUGGACCUGCGACGUGGUGUUGUCGCUGUUGGCAGCAAGACGACGCCCAAGCAGCCGCUGCUCGACAAAGAAUCCUCAGCGGUGGUCAAGAAGACAGGCCAGCCAUUGAAGCGUAAGCCGACACGUGAUACGCUCGGCAUCAAGGAUGUUGCCAUCAGGAAGAAGGCACAGAUCAUGGCAAAGCGCGACAUUGCGAAGAAGGUGACACGAAUGGGUCUUAAGGGCGAGGCGGAUCGUUUUAUUGGCACCAAAAUGCCAAAGCAUUUGUACUCCGGCAAACGUGGUACGGGCAAAACCGAUCGUCGUUAAGUGCCUUAGAUUUACCUAUAGUUUUAUCCUUAUUAAUCGCUGUACAAACUGCAUCCUAGCAAACAUCUAUACAAAAGAAAUGCAAGUUUUCUUAAAUA